GGGUGAUUAGCCAGCGGUGAGGAGGGUCUUGGCGAGCUGGAGUUUAAAUGCGCUUCCAGUCGCUGUGCGCGCUUAAAGAGGAGCGCACUGACUGAGUGAGGGGGGUGACAGGAUGGCGUUGGGACUGGUCGGAGACGCAGUGGCCUCCGUGGGCGGCUUCUUCACGGGAGUUCUGAACUUCUUCACGGACUUCUUUCUGACUCCGCCGCUGAAAGCGACCCUGAUGUUCCUGGAGGAGGCUGAGCUCAAAACCCUGAAAGGAGAAAUUCGGACUUUCAAGGCCAAAUCUCUGUGGGAAAAGUCUGGAGCGGUGGUUAUGGCAGUGCGGCGGCCUGGAUGAUUUCUGUGCAGAGAGGAGGCUGCAGAGCUGUCCUCUCUGAAACCCCAGCUGGACAAGCUGGGGGUCCCUCUGUAUGCUGUGGUGAAGGAGGACGUCGGAACCGAGGUCCAGAACUUCAGACCGUACUUCAAGGGGGAGAUUUUCUUGGAUGAAAAGAGGAGGUUUUAUGGGCCCCGACUGCGGAAGAUGGGACUCCUUGCAUUCAUGCGUUUAGGGGUCUGGCUGAGCGGAGUGAGGGCCUUCAGAAAGGGCUUCGUUGGCAACGUUUUAGGGGAAGGCUUUAUCCUUGGUGGAGUGUUUGUCAUCGGUCGAGGGAAGCAGGGAAUAUUACUGGAGCACAGAGAGAAGGAGUUUGGGGAUAAAGUCAACAUUUCAGAAGUCCUUGAAGCAGCCAGAAAAAUACCACAGGAAAACUAGCAAGCACCUAUUUUAGAUUUGUUUCAGGGGCAAGAGGAUGCAUUUCGUAUAGCUGGUCAUGAAGCUUCUGGUGCAUUUAUGAUGGUCUGUCUUUCAAACUCAUAAGAAGAAGCAGACUUGAUGUUUGGCACAAAGUUUCCUGUAUGACUGUUGUACUGCAGUGCAACCCUGGGACCUGAGACUGACCUGUCAGAACAAUAAAGCAUGUCUUUAUCCUCUG